AUGUUCUGGCCCUCUGUCGGCCGGAAUACUGGCUGCGUCGGGGACGGCAGCACUGGAUUUGGUGAGAUAUGGGGCGCAUCCGGCGCCAAGCGGAGAAAGAUCAUUCUCGUGGUGGCCGCAGUCGAACCAGAGGCUCGGACCGCUGAACAUCGUGACGACGCCACCUUGCAGCGGCGCACGAAACCUCUGACUCUCCUGAGUCUCCGAGCCGAGCCGCCUUGCGGACUCUACGCAUUUCCCAUGUGGCACUCUGCCCGCGGUCUCCGUCCGAUGCCUUCAUGGUCAAAAGCGCAAAUUGCCCAUCAAGGCAUUGCCAAAAACGGGCCAGAGCAUGCCUUCAAGAGGCCAUGCGCUGCCCCAUUUGGCAAGUCUCUUCUCCACAGGAGUUGCUGGAUUGAGCCAGCCGCGAUGUCGGUCUACCCCCAAAGCUCUGGCGUGGGCCCCCCUGAUCCUGGACUCUGGCUCUUCCUCCAGCGCCCAGGCUCAUUUCCAUCAGCACCAAGUUUCACAUGCAACAUGCCCCGCCGCCAGCGCUCCAGUGAAGAUAAGUACGGCUCGGACGGCUCCUUCUCACCUGAGGACUCCAUCUUCGAUAUGGAUAUUGAAGCCUCCGAUGCCGAGACCGAAAUCACCGAGGUUGACCCUCUCCCCGAUGCCGACGGCCAAGUCGACGUCGCGGGCCUUGAAGAGUUCGUUGCGGAUCUUGCAGACGCAGACCUCAUCGACAUCGACACCGUCCACUCCUCGGAGUACAACCGCCGUAUGGUAGAAGAGGUCAACAAUAGCGAUUUCGACGCGCAAGACUACAGUCCUGGGACAGAGAUCCUCCUCAGUGGAUUCGAGGAUCAUUGGCAACGUUUCUGCAAGGAGAACGAGUUCGGUGAUCCCCACAGACAACUCGAGUCGAUCUCCCUCGGCAUACUCGUCAGCUUCUUCACAUGGCGACUCGACCUGCAGACGGGCAAGGGGGGCAGGAAGAUCAAGGGCAUCAAGACCAACAGUGCACUUGGCACGUAUUGGAAGGUCUUCCGCCUCGUUUACGAGAGGGCCAUGACCGUGAAGUUCGACCCGAAACUAAACCGCCAAAUGCAUAAGAGCAGAUCGAGAAAACGGCUGCGGUACAACGCAGGCAACGAGCUCGAUGAUAGCCCCCAUGCUGGCGAUGCUAUCCGCAAUCUGGCACUCGACCACGAUGGUCCUGUCCCGUUCCAAAAGCACUACCUCGGACGCCAGGUGCGCCUGGAUACCUGGGCGAUAAUUCGCGGCCAAACAUCGCAGCAGGCGAUGCUGAAGCAAGCCUGCAGCAUCGGGCACGCGAACAGCAAGCAACGGCCGAUCGAUUUAACUCCUCAGCAGGUGGCAUCUGUCAACACCAAUCCCCGCGGAAAACUCGAGCUGAAGAGACGGCUAUCGCGCUCGCGUAGUGUCUCGUCUCUGCCCAUACCUUAUCCUGGUACAACCCUGGACCCCCUCCACCCUUCGUGA